AUGAACCCUUCAGUUAAUAUUUCUAAUUUUCUUUCAUAUCAACAUGAUGUUAUUGAAACAUUAUUGAAAAAAUAUUUAUUAAAAUGUAAAACAGAGGGUGGUGAUUGGGAACUUGCUGAAUUAGGGCAUCUUUUAAGUACCAUAGUAAGUAAUGGUAUUAGUAUUAAAGCUUUUGAAAAAUUGGUUCCUAUUUUACGUCCUAAAACGAUUGAUGAUAUUAAACAAAAGUAUGAUGAAUUAUUAGAAAUUUUAAAAGAAUCUAAAGAUUGUAUUCCUGAAAAAUGGUUAGAUACAUCAUCAAAUACUCAUUUUUUAAAUGAAGCUGCAAAAAAACAACUAUCUUCAAGUAUAAAUCAAUUUAAUAAAUUACAAACACUUCUUUCUAAAUCAGGAAAACUAACACAAGGAAGACGUGAGACGGCAGAUGCUUUUCCAUUUAUUAUGGAAAAAAUUGCUGAAGAAGAUGUAGAAGAUUUUAAUAUAGAAAAAGGAUCUGCUUUUAUAGAUUCAUGUGAAAGUGAUACAAAUAUAAAUUUUUCUCUUAUAAAUAGACAGAUCUCAAGUUUAUUAAAAGGAAACAGAACGAAUAGUUUAUCAUGUUCAGAUGUAGCUGUUUUUACCUCGGCACUUGAUGAAGUUAUCUCUCUAGUAGAUGAUAUAGAUGAUGAUGUGAUAGAUAAAAUUCGUUUGCAAAUUUUAAGAAAUUCUGAAGAUAAAACUAUUUUGCCAUUAGAAGAAUUUAAUGAAGAAAAUGUUCCAAACAAUUGUGUAAAUUAUUUUCAGUUAACAAAUGAAUUUUUAGACAGCUUUAAUAUUGAUGAGUUACUUGUUAAAUUAUUGAAAAAUGAUUAA